CUUCCUGAAUCAUAGGUCCACCGCCUUGCGACUCCAAUGUUCAGACUGUAUUGGUUCUAUGCCGCGCUGCUCCUUGCGGCUUUCCUGAUCUUGAUCAUCCUGGAGGACGGCGCCCUGCAGCGCGAGGAGCGGCCUGUGACGACUUCGCUGGGGCCGAGGGAUGUGGCCUUCUUCCUGCAGACCAACCAGGAGAGCGUGCGGUUGAACAGCUCCCUGAGAAGCGUCCGGGCACAUCUGCCAGAGGCGCCCAUCUACCUCCUCAGCGACGGGGGCCCCCUCUUCCUCAGCAGCGCGGCGGCCUUCCAAGCCGCCGCCUUCCGGGAGGAGAUGCCCACGCACCUGGCGGACUACAUGAACCGGAACUUCACCUGCCGGAACCACUUGGCGAGGCUGGCCAAGGCUGGUCGCUGGGCCCUGGGCGAAGGCGCCAAGUUCCUGGUCUCCUGGGAGGAGGACACUCGGCUGCUUAGAGCGCCGAGCGCCAUGCCUCCUGCGGAUCUCAUCACUAUGGGCAACAUCGGCAACCGGGGCUUCGCCUGGGGCCCGAAAGAGCUGCAGCGCUUGCGCCUCCGAGCCGAGAGCUCCAAAGUCGACCUGCGCCGGGCGCAGAAGGUGGAGGCCUACGCCGCGCGCGCCGGCUACAGCGCCGGCCCCGGCAGCGCCUGGCGCAUUCGCAGCUUCCUCAGGGCCUACGAGGCGAGCACACCGGAAGAGCUGGAUGCAAUGUACAACGUGCAAGACUUGUGCUGGGAGGACUUUGCGCUCCAGCGGAACUUGAGCGUGCGCCGGAACCUGGAGGUCCAGGAGAUGUUGCGGCCGUUCGGAGACCUGGACCAAGGCAUCCAGGACGGGACCCGCAACUUGGACUGCCUGGUGUGCCUGGACCAGUGCAAGACCCAGUGCGACUGCGCUGAGGGCUACUCCCUCCGGCAGCAGUUCGCCUGGAUCUGGUGGUUCCUCGCCUUCACGAGCUACGGCAUGGAGCAGCGGCAGAAGCUGCUGUGGUCCCGGCCCUGCGGUCGCUGCGCGGUGGCAGAUUGCUGGCCGAGCUGCAAGGCUGGGUGCUUGCCGGGCUGCCCGGCCAUGGUGCACCCACAUAAGAACACGACCCUAGACUGCGAGUGACGCGG